AUGCGUCUCCCAGACUUUCUUUCAAAAUGGGGUAUUCUCUUCCAAAGGUUAUCGGGACGAUACAGACGUCAAAAUUAUCUAUUGCCUCCCGAAUUUGGUCCAUCUUCAAACACAGAAACGUUGGGGGAGAUCUUAGAACGUACGCCUUCGCAAGAUUUGCAAAGGGAGGAAAUGAUGGAAACCAAUGGACAGAAACAGUAUAUUCGUGACAUGGGUUUACUUGAAUCCGCUUUACACAGACCACAGUGGAUGUUUUAUUAUUCAGAAGCUCAAUCGAUUUCAUUAUUGUUUAAAAUGGCUGCCGCUCUUGGAGAGAGUAUCAUUAAAAAUCAUGCAUUUUUGGAUGGAAAUAAAAGAGCUGGCCAUCUUGCCAUUUCGAUGUUUUUAGCUAUAAACAGUUACGAUUUGGAUGCAGAUGAUGAAUCUACCGAGAAAAUUAUGAUAGGUGUUGCUACAGGUGACGUUAACAUAGAUAUUUUGGAAUCUUGGAUUGCUAGUAAU